AUGACCUUUGCAUCGAUCACGUUUUCUCGUCGUUAUUUUUACUUAGUCCUUUCCUUGCUUGCGUCGUACAAAGCCACCGCAAGAGAUUUUCCCGAGCGAAAAUCCGAUAGCCAACCGAUUUCAGCCAUUCUCGUUUUCGGAGACUCCACAGUUGACCCCGGAAACAAUAACUACAUAAAUACUCUUUUUAAGAGCAAUUUUUCGCCUUACGGUAAGGAUUUCGCGAACCACACUUCAACCGGAAGGUUCACCAAUGGUCGCCUAGCGAAUGAUUUCAUUGCUAAAUAUAUUGGCCUAAAAGAGUACGUGCCUCCGUAUUUGGAUCCGAAUCUUAGCAUUGAGGAGCUCAUGACUGGAGUCAGUUUCGCGUCGGCUGGGUCUGGAUACGACCCGCUAACACCAGUGAUAAGCAGUGUGAUCUCAUUUUCGGAGCAAUUGGAACAUUUCAAAAGUUACCGGGCGAAGCUAGAGACAGCUCUUGGGAAGGACAGGACAAUGGAGAUAGUAAAAAAUGCUCUGUUUCUAGUCAGUGCCGGGACUAAUGACUUUGUCGUAAAUUAUUUUAGCGUGCCUAUUAGGCGUAACAAUUACACGAUCUCAAAAUACACGAGUUUCGUGCUACAAGAAGCUCGGCAAGUUCUUCAGGGGUUAGUGGACCAAGGUGCGACGCGAAUAGGAGUAGUGGGCCUGCCUCCGAUGGGCUGCUUGCCGAUUGUAAUAACACUAUUUUCCGAGGACCCAAUCGCAAACCGAGAAUGCAUUACGAAAUUUUCAUCAAUAGCACGAGAUUAUAAUAGCAUGCUACAAAACGAAUUGAACGACAUGCAAAAAAAGCUUCAACCUUCCGGAUCUCGGAUUGCUUACGUGGACAUAUUUGGACCUUUAGAGGAAAUGACCUUAGGCAACAAAUAUGAUUUUGAGGAGGUUAGAAAGGGAUGUUGCGGGACAGGGCUGCUCGAAGCUUCGUAUAUGUGCAACUCAAAGAGUCUCGUAUGCGAAGAUGUAAACGAGUACGUGUUUUGGGAUGCGAUUCACCCGACUGAAAAAACAUAUUUUCUGCUGUUUCAAGAGUUUAGACCUUUAAUCGACAGCCUAGUUAAGGAAUAA